GCCUCUCUUCGCGCGCGACUUGUGGAACGUCAACGACCGCGUCUGGGGGCCCCGCCAUACCACCAGCAACGCCGCCGAGCGCUGGCACUCGAAGUACAACAAGUGCUUGCCGCAUGGCUCUGCGCACCCUUCCAUGGAGGCUUUCCUGGGCGGGCUCCACGCGGCCCAGCGCCUCACUGACUUGGACCUCGCCAAGAUUGCCGUGGGCAGCCAGCAGCGCGAGACGCAGAACAUGAAGGCCAAGCGGGAGCGCAUCAUGACCCUGCUCGAGGACUUCGACGAGGACAAGGAGGGGCUCAAGCUCCUCAAGGCCAUCGCGUACCUCGCCGACUGA